UGUUACAUUCUUCCCAUUCACCCGACAGAAUCCAAGGUGACCAUGCAUCUCAAAAUAAUUUACGGACUGGCUAGUUUAUCCGCACUAUGCAUUGUGUCUUUUGUCAGUUACAUCAUAUACAACAGAUGGAACCGCCUAAGAAAUGCACAACUUACACUUACCAGCGUUGAGGUGAAUGAAGCACAUUGGCGAGAUAAACAUAAAUUGCCUUUGCACGGACCAUGGAACCGUCGAAGGAAUACACACCUUGAGAAAAUUUUAAAAACAAGAGAUUCCAGAGUUGUGGUGAACGAGAUCAACGCCAAAAAGAAAGACCUACAAGACAUGCUGACAGAAUUAGAUCUCAUGAAAACCUUGAAGCCUCAUCCCCAUGUUGUUGAACUCAUUGGCUAUUGUAUUGAAAAAGAUCCACUUCUCAUAGUGUUGGAGUAUUUACCAUACGGGGAUUUGUUGGGAUACCUGCUCAAGAGCAGAGGGAUCGAGGAUAUUAAGAACACAAGAGAAAAGAAACCAAGCUCGUCACUUACAAAAGAGGAUCUGUUGCGUUUUGUAUGGAUGAUCGCUGAUGGUAUGAGCUAUUUGUCAAGAAUGAAGAUUGUUCAUCGUGAUUUAUCAGCUCGCAAUGUGUUAGUUGGGGACAACAAAGUGUGCAAGAUAUCAGACUUUGGUUUAGCUCGAGGUUUGAGGGAAGAUGUGUACACAAGGAAAACAGAGGCUCGUCUUCCAGCCAGGUGGAUGCCCCCAGAGUCUCUACUCUAUGGCGAAUCUUCCACAAAGAGCGACAUAUGGUCUUACGGUAUUGUGAUGUGGGAGGUGUUUACCAUUGGUGAAUCACCAUAUCCCGGAGUAAAAUCUGGAGAAAUAGCUGACUUACUGCAGACAGGAUACCGCAUGCCUAAGCCACCUCACAUCUCACAAGAACUGUAUUCCAUAAUGGCCAAUUGCUGGGAAGAGAAACCAGAGGAGAGACCAACAUUUCAAUGGCUUUGCUGUGUGAUUAGGCGACUUCUGGAUGAUCACAAGCUUUAG